ACUUUUUUUUUUUUUUUUUUAUAAAAUAGAAGAAAAUAUCUAUGAGUAGAAGAAACAAAGCAACUGAAAACUGAAACGUGCCAUUCAUGACCGGAUUCCCAUCUCACUUCCAGUCCCCAGAAAAGUAACAUCUCAUCUCUCUCUCUCUCUCUCUCAGAUAUUGAUCACACACCUGUUGGUUGUCCGAAUAUAUAGAUAGAUACAGAAACCAGAUUUUGGAUUCAGCAACAUGAGUUCGUCGUCCGGUCACUACGAUCUGUCGUUUAAGAUAUUAUUGAUAGGAGAUUCUGGUGUCGGUAAAAGCAGUCUUCUCGUCAGUUUCAUUUCCAACACCGUCGACGAUCUAGCUCCUACUAUUGGUGUUGACUUCAAAAUAAAGUUGUUUACAGUUAGCGGGAAAAGAUUAAAACUUACAAUAUGGGACACAGCUGGACAGGAGAGAUUUAGAACAUUGACCAGCUCGUACUACAGAGGUGCCCAAGGAAUUAUUCUUGUGUAUGAUGUUACAAGGAGAGAAACAUUCACAAACUUGUCUGAAAUAUGGGCCAAAGAAGUGGAUCUUUACUCCACUAAUCAAGACUGUGUGAAGAUGCUUGUUGGAAAUAAAGUUGACAAAGACUCGGAAAGGUUUGUAAGCAGGGAAGAAGGUGCUGCUCUUGCAAAAGAGCUUGGUUGUUUGUUUCUUGAAUGUAGUGCUAGAACUCAAGAAAAUGUACAUCAAUGUUUUGAAGAGCUUGCACAAAAGAUAAUGGAGGUCCCGAGUCUUCUAGAAGAAGGGUCUACGGUUGUGAAGAAUGUAAUGAAGCAGAAACCAGAGCACCAGGCUAGAACAUCUAGCAGUGGUUGUUGCUCAUAAAGAUGCUCCAAAACAUGUCUUAUGGUUCCACUUGUCUAACCCAUCUUGUGAGCUUUUUAAUAAUUCCAAAAAAUACAUGUAAAUCUACGAUUUCUUCAUGUGAUUAGGGUUGUGUUUGAGGCGUAUCUACCCUUGGAAGAAAAGGUGAAAAGGAAUUCCGAUUCCUCAUGUAAAGUUGUGAUCAUGCUAUUGUUUGAAACCUUGAGUUGGCCCCGGAAUAGCAACAAGACAAGUAGCGGUGUUUUGUGAUGUAAUGCAGUUAUGAUGUGUAAAUAACUUGCACUCAAAUUGGUGGUUGUGAAUUUGUCCAGUAAUAACAAGUGAUUUUUAGGUGA